GGCGUAUUCACUUCAACGACAUCAAUUGUGACGCUGACUACUUUGAUAAGGUCUCAAUUUUCUCGAUCAAGGCGAGAUGAUCAAGGUGAGAACAAUAAUUCCAGCGGCGGCGCAGGCAAGGCAUCAAAUGUACAGCGACAUUUACGCGACGACCCGAGCAGAAUUGAGGAGGAGAACAACAACAACGGUGAAGAGCUAGUUUUGGAUUGGCAGAGCUGUACUGUAUGCGCUGUGAGUGCCCAUGAAGUAAUAGUCGGGAUGGUGGAUGUAGCGAUGCCAAACGAUGACCAACGGAGACGGUGAGUAAUACACGACCAACCAGAAUAUUGAUAUGCAGCUGGGGGUGUAUUACUGGGUUUAGGAGGAGGAUAUACUGGACAGAAAAGAAUGUUGCUGCCAAAGUCUUUCGAGGGUAUCGACUGCUUCUUUUCGGGAUGAAGACUCCAGAUGGGAGUGCUUGUGGGCUUUUCACAUGGCCGAAAGUUUUUUCAUGACGGCGACAUACCAUGAGACAGACCUUCUGGACAGUACGUCGGCACCCUCCUUUGGAACCAGCCGGACCGAUGGCCAUAGUCAUGGAUCUCUAUGGAGUGGUAGACUGCGCCGUGCAAGAGGGAGCAGAGGCUACAAAUCUACUGAGACAGCAGCCGUCAUACUGAGUUUGCCAUCACUCCAGAAAUGAACGAGCAUAUGGUUAUGCCUCACUAGCCGACAAGGGAGAGCGUUCUCACAGCAAGAACGAUGGCUGGUUUCAGAACGCGGAUACUUGCAAAAGCCUAGCAAAGGCAUGCAGUUCGAAGAGAGCAGACAUUGAAUCGGCAUUGCUCUAAUACAGGCGAGUCUGUCAUGAUCGCCAGCUUGGACUCCAGUCGACAUAGUGGCAGACUGUCGCUGCGGCUGAACCAUUCUGGCUGCUGUUUACUCUUGCAUAUCUGGACCUCGUCACGCCACUGCCUUCGAUAUCCCGAGCAUCAGCGGCAUGGUUCUACAGAGCCUAAGGAUAUUGCGGCUACGACACAGCCCCAUGGCGUCCAGCUCAAAAGGUUCUAGUCUUGAUAGACUCACGAUCACAUGCCGGGAACCUCCCGAGACAGGACAUGACGAGACAGCAUCAUCCCAUCAGCAGUGGCAUCAACAAGCUUGAUAUUUCUGCAACGUCGACGGCGGAGUCGCGCAGAAGGCAUCCAAGGGACCAGCUACGCGGUACCGCUGCAAAACUACCGGCUAGACUUGCUUUUGGUAAAACUUCGACUGAAAAUGCACUGUGGCAGCAAGUAUUAGCUGAGAUCAUCUGUCGGGUACUGGAAGAUAACCGCAUCUGAUUUACCACUGUCGGCUUUGGUGAUUGGCUUGCCAUCCACUCAUGAAGCUCAGAUUUCACCCUCGGAAUCUUCGGUUUCGUGGUCGAUUUGAGCGUGUAUUUCUUUGUUGUAUCGCCUCAUGGUCUCUUCGGCGUUUCCGCGUGUUGAGUUGGUGUGGCAGCAGAGUUACCAAGUGCGGCGGUGGUAGCAGAGGUGUGUUCCUGUCGGACCAGACUGUGGCGCCACUGGACUACGAUAGCCCUCUAUCACUCGAACGGCGGUGCUCUUGAGCAAUCAGUAUGACUGGGUGGCGACGGCGUGGUGGCAUGAGAUACAGGAAUGAGGACACAGUGAGGCCGUCGCUUGUCUGCCGAGGAUUUCGACGCUCCAAUACCGCAUGCAGGUCACUAAGAAGCCAACGCACUCUUGCAUGACUCCACCGACAGUACUUCUGACUUAGGUACCUGGUAUACCUGAGGCACCACACUCGUUCGGCAAUAUUGAACCAGGCCGCUAGACCAUCGACGCAUCAAGCAUAUUGACUGGACGUUGACGAUACUUCAAUGAAUGGACGGGACGGAUGCAACACUCCAUGAUCGGUGGCAACAACGAGAUCAGUGUUCUGCCGGCGUCAACGGCAUAGUCAGUAAACAACAUGUCAAAGAGGGAAUUGCACUGCAGAAGGAACACUCUUUCAUUAGCUAACUAUAGCGGAGAUUCUUCUGCACCGGCCACA